CGGGCCUGGCUGUUGUGUGGCGGCGGGCGGCGGCGGCGGCACCGGCGGCGGUUGGGCGGGGAGGCGCGGCCGCCAUGGCGUUCUCCGAGAGCCAGCUCAAGAAAAUGCUGUCCAAGUAUAAGUAUAGAGACCUAACUGUACAGGAGACCAUCAGUGUUAUUACUCAGUACAAGGAUCUCAAACCUGUUAUGGAUUCAUAUGUUUUUAAUGAUGGCUCAUCUAGGGAGUUGAUGAGCCUCAGUGGAACCAUUCCUGUGCCUUAUAGAGGUAACACGUACAAUAUCCCAAUUUGCUUGUGGCUGCUGGACAGCUAUCCUUUCAACCCCCCAAUUUGUUUUGUUAAACCUACUAGCUCUAUGACGAUAAAAACUGGGAAGCAUGUUGAUGCAAAUGGAAAGAUAUACCUUCCUUAUUUGCAUGAGUGGAAACAUCCCCAGUCAGACUUACUAGAACUGAUUCAGGUUAUGAUUGUGGUGUUUGGUGAGGAACCGCCAGUCUUUUCUCGGCCUACCAUUUCAGCAGCCUACCCACCAUAUCAGGCAACAGGCCCACCAACUACUUCCUACAUACCGGGCAUGCCAAGUGGAAUUGCUUCCUAUCCACCAGGACAUACUCCUAACCCAAGUUAUCCAAGCUAUCCUUAUCCAGCUGGUGUUCCAUUUCCAGCAACAACUAGUGUUCAGCACUACCCUUCUCAGCCCCCUGUGACUACUGUUGGACCCAGUAGAGAUGGGACCAUCAGUGAGGAUACUAUUCGAGCUUCCCUUAUUUCAGCUGUCAGUGACAAAUUGAGAUGGCGAAUGAAAGAAGAAAUGGAUCGUGCACAAGCUGAACUCAAUGCCUUGAAAAGGACAGAAGAAGACUUGAAGAAAGGACACCAGAAAUUGGAAGAGAUGGUAACUCGCCUGGAUCAGGAAGUGGCUGAAGUCGACAAGAACAUUGAACUUCUCAAGAAGAAGGAUGAAGAGCUCAGUUCUGCCUUAGAAAAGAUGGAAAGUCAGUCAGAAAAUAACGAUAUAGAUGAAGUUAUCAUUCCUACAGCACCGCUUUACAAGCAGAUCCUGAACUUAUAUGCAGAGGAAAAUGCCAUUGAGGACACCAUCUUUUACCUUGGGGAAGCAUUGAGACGGGGAGUGAUAGAUCUAGAUGUCUUUUUAAAGCAUGUACGUCUUCUGUCUCGCAAGCAGUUCCAGCUGAGGGCAUUAAUGCAGAAAGCGAGGAAGACUGCUGGACUCAGUGAUCUCUAUUAAAUUCUCAGACUAUAACUGAGAAGUUAAUUUCCCUGUGAAGCAGCCAGUCUCUUGAUCUUUCUCUUAAUCAGUAGAUGCCCAGAAUAAGUUAUUACAUCAUUCAAGUGUAAGAUAUUUUGAAUCAAUAAUAUAUUUUCUUUUUGGUAAAGACUAGCUUUUAUUAAUGCACUUUCUAUUUCCUGUAAUCUUUGUGCUGGUGGACUUAAUGCUGAAUAAAACUUGUUGCAUAUUUUCUUCCUCUA